AAUGCAACCAAACGUUUUCAGUUGACUCCUAAACAACAAAGCAAUAAAUAAGUUUCUCAUUUUUCAAAAUAACCAUUAUAAUAUUAAUUUAUUUUUUUGGUAACAACAUUACUACUAAUAUUUUUAUAUCAUCAAAUAAAAUAAAAAAAAUUUCAUUUUCUUCCUUUUUCUGAAACACUUUCAUUUUCAUCUUCUUCUUCCUUUCUUCUUUUCCUUCUUCACUUUCUCUUUCUUCUCUAAACCCCAAAAAGCCAUAACAGUAACAACCCAUGAUUUCUCCGAAGCUAAUUCACCUUCAGAGAAACUAAAGUUUCAACCUUUCAACCCGACCCAUAAACCAAAACGGAUCGGAUCUGUUGUGGGUAUACCCGUAUAGCAUAUCAUAGCAUAGCAUUAACCGUUAACCCCACUUUCUUGAGAGAGAAAGUGAGGUGAUAGAGAUAGAGAGAGAAAAUGUACAAGAACCAGCUUCAAGAGCUAGCACAGAGAAGCUGUUUCAAUCUUCCUUCGUACACGUGCCUUAGAGAAGGUCCUGAUCACGCGCCGCGGUUUAAAGCUACCGUUAACUUUAAUGGUGAGAUCUUUGAGAGUCCUCAGUAUUGUUCAACACUUCGUCAAGCUGAACAUUCAGCUGCUGAGGUGGCACUUAGUUCACUCUCUCAUCGUGGUCCUUCUCAUUCUCUUGCUGCAAAAAUCCUUGAUGAGACGGGAGUGUACAAGAAUCUCUUACAAGAAAUUGCACAAAGGGUAGGGGCUCCGUUGCCGCAAUACACAACUUUCCGGUCAGGCCUAGGACAUCUACCUGUUUUUACUGGGACGGUAGAGUUAGCUGGAAUUACAUUUACCGGCGAACAUGCUAAGAAUAAGAAACAAGCAGAGAAAAAUGCAGCUAUGGCAGCUUGGUCGUCUCUAAAGCAAUUGGCAAAAGAAACUGCAAGCUCUUCAACUGAACCGGAGAACAAUGAUGAACUAGAACAGAUCACCAUAGCACGGGCCUUACUGAACUACCGUCUGAAGGAAAAGAUGGCAAUGUCCAACCCUAAUGCUAUGAUUCCAUUUCCAAUGAAGUUUCAGUUUCAAAAUCCAAGGCCAACCAGUCCUCAACCUCGACCAGCAACAUCAAAGAUACUUCCCCUAAUUUGCCAAAAGACAGCACAUCGAAACAGGCACCCCGCAAUGGCUUCGGCCAGCGGUGAUCACAAUUCCAUUAUGUCACCGCUUUCUUCUACACCAGAAAGCCGAUGGGCCCGUCGCCCUAAAUUCCCUGCAGCAGGAGCAGCGCCUUAUGUGCCCAUUCGACAUAUGCGAUCAUCUUGCCAGGGAGUUGCACCUCCAGUGACCAUAAGGACUGCAAUACCUGUAUUCUCCCCGCCACCAUCGGCAGUGUCCUCUCAAGUAAUGCGGCCCCCUCCUAUACGAGUUGCUCCUCCGAUCAAUAUUCGGCAGGCAAUUCCAGUGUAUGCUGCUCCAGCCGUUCGAAAAGAUGAACCUGUUCUCAUCAGCAAAGACAAACCAGUACCAGUACCAGCACCAGCAGUAUAUGCUGUUCCAUCGAUUCGAGUAGACGAAUCUGUUCCAAGCAGCAAAGGUGAUCCCGCACCGGCAGAAAAUGCUGCUCAAGUAGACGAACCUGUUCAUAUUUGCAAGGAUGAUCCAGCACCAGCAGUUUAUGCUGCUGCAGCAGUUCGAAAAGACGGACCUGUUCCCAUCAGCAAAGAUGAUCCAGUGCCCACUAUUGGCGCCCCUGAUCAGGAAGAUAAAGUUGAUACCAAAACUGAGAAUAUUCCAGCAGAAUCUGCAAACAUGCAGAUGUUGGAGCAGCUGAAAAUUUGAUUGUGCGAAUCUAGAGUUUGUUUCUGAUCUCUUAUAAUGAGUGAUGUAAUUGUUGAUGAAGGUUAGCAUGAGCAGUGGAAUGAAUAUAUAUGUGAAAUUGAAGAGCAUUUUAGCACAUAAUUUGCUCAUAUUUUUGAUAUUAUUAUGUAUGUUGGUCAUAUCUUAGUAUACCUUGUUCAGCGAGCUUCAUUCACUGCUCCUUUCUUGUUGGUCAUUCCUACCCCCUAAGUCACUUUGGAACUAUACUUCCCAUCCAAAUGUAUACUUCCCAAAAUGUAUGUGGUUUUUUAGAAA